GCCAGUGCGGAGAGCGUGAGCUGCUACGUGCGGUCUACACUUUUCUCGUGCAUUUAAAACGAAUAACGGAAAUGUUUGUCUUUCGCUGUUGCUCAAGGAGCACUGUCGUUUAAUUACGAUCGCGUCUACUUAAAACUGUCACAUGACGCUAUUAAGUCGUGUGUUGUCGCGAUGUGCGCGUGCUACCGGAUUCCUUGUCCAAAGCGUUGCCAUCGCCUACUGUGUUGUCGAGUUCGGCGGGGACCUGGUUAUAUGCAGCGGUUCCUCCAUGGAGCCUACGAUUGCGUCCAACGACAUCCUUCUCACUGAACACAUAUCUGUGCACAUGAACCGCAUUCGGAGAGGCGACAUCGUUAUAGCGAAGUGCCCCAACAAUCCGCGGCAAUACAUUUGCAAGAGAGUCGUCGGCGUUCACGGAGACCAGCUGAUUUCGGGGCUCUUCGUCCAGAGGAUACCAAAGGGGCAUGUUUGGCUUGAAGGUGACAACAAGGAGAACUCGACGGAUUCCCGUGCAUACGGCCCUGUUCCACUUGGCCUUGUCAGGGGACGAGCAGUGUGUAGGCUUUAUCCAUAUAGGAAUGCCAGGUUCUUUCGUGACAAUACCCUUUCGCAAUGAAUGAGACUGCUUUGUCUGAA